GUCCUAAAAUGGUAGAAUUCCACGGUCAACAAUUUCAGAUCAACUCAAAGGACGGCAAGCCACUUUUUACAGUGGAUGAAAAUGAGGUUGUAAUUGGCACAGAUAAACUUCGAGUCACAGGGCCUGAAGGAGCACUUUUUGAACACUCUGUAGAAACACCACUUGUAAAGGCAGAAGCUUUUAAACAGCUUAGGCUGGAAUCACCAACUCGAUCUUUGAGCAUGGAUGCACCACGAGGAAUUAAUAUCAAAGCACAAGCUGGGAAUAUUGAAGCUCUUUCCCAGAUGGAUAUCAAACUACACAGCAGUGAUGGUGUGCUUUUGCUCGAUGCUGAAACUGUGCGACUGCCCAAAUUGCCUGAGGGUACAAGGGGUGGAUCUGGUAUUUCUCAGGGGCUCUAUGAAAUCUGCGUGUGUCCAGAUGGAAAGCUCUACCUGUCAGUGGCCGGCGUGGGCUCCACUUGCCAAGAAUACAGCCGUGUCUGCCAGUGA